AUGUCCCACCCGUCUUACGAUGAUAAUAAUCGAUCUGACAUGCCCCAAACCAAUUCCAGUCUACAUAAUCAUGCUGGAGCUAGAAUAGUUAUUACUGCUGACCAAGGAGUGCGAUGUGGCAAAUUAAUUGAAUUGAAGAAAACGGUUGUGACAGCGGUUGAAAAAUGUCCGACUGUUAAAACUAUUCUCGUAGCCAAAAGAACGGGAAAUCCUGUCGUUUCGUCCCCUCUUGACGUCGAUCUCGAUGAGGCGAUGGUUAAAGAGAGCGGCGAAUGUGAACCGGCCGUUUUGGACAGCGAAGAUUUGCUGUUUAUGCUCUACACAUCCGGCAGCACGGGAAACCCUAAGGGGAUUGUUCAUUCCCAAGCUGGCUAUCUUCUUUAUGCGUCGUUGACACAUAGUUUAGUUUUCGAUUGCAAAGAAGGAGACAUUUUUGGUUGCGUGGCUGACAUUGGAUGGAUCACGGGCCAUUCUUACGUCGUGUACGGCCCGUUGGCCAACGGAGUCACGACUCUUUUGUUCGAGAGCACGCCAACAUAUCCCAAUCCAGGUCGAUAUUGGGAGACUGUUCAGCGACUAAAAAUUAACCAAUUGUAUGCAGCUCCUACGGCCAUUCGCUUGUUACUGAAAUACGGCGACGAACAUGUCGAAAAGUAUGAUCUCAGCUCUGGGCUCUGUGGUAUAUGGCAUGCCGAUUUACGGAAUCUGGCCUGCUAUAUUCUAGGAAAAUAG